AUGGGAAGAGCUGCACAUUCAUCAUCUUCUUCAAUAGAUAGCAGCAGCCAUCCUGAUCUUCUUCUUCCUGUGCCUGCUGGCUCAUCAUCUUCUUCCACUCUUUCUCAGAAAAUCAAUGGCAAUUAUGGUAACAGUCAUAUCAACACAAGAACAGAUUUGAGCACUGAUCUAAGACUUGGCCUCAGCAUCUCCCCCUCUCAUCACAGUGACUUGUCUUCCACUUCAACCCCAGGGGAGGAAGCACUGAUAAACUGGCCACCAAUCAAAUCUAUCUUGAGGAGCAGACUUGCAGGAAAAGCAGACCAUCCCUCCUUAUUUGUGAAGGUCUACAUGGAAGGCAUUCCAAUUGGUAGAAAACUGAAUCUGUUUGCACAUGAUGGCUAUGCUGCUUUGAUUACAACUCUUAGCCUCAUGUUCAAGGCCACCAUUCUAUGUCCUGAGGAAAAUCAUGUUCAUUCAGACAAAUAUCAUGUGCUGACUUAUGAAGAUCAAGAAGGAGAUUGGAUGCUGGUUGGAGAUGUGCCUUGGGAGAUAUUCUUGACAACUGUGAAAAGAUUGAAGAUCACCAGAGCAGACAGAUGUUAG